AUGGGUUGUUUGCUUUGCAGAAUUCAGGAGCUGCCGCUAUUGUACUGUGCACAGAGGAACCGUGUAAGAGCGCUGAAGAAGCUUCUAUCAUGUAAAGCUAUUAAUCCGCUGCAGACAGGAGCUGCAGGGGAGACUGCACUACAUUUGGCCGUCCUGCACGAUAACCUGGAGUCUGUGAAGGUUCUGCUGGAACGGGCUCCUGAGCUCGUUAACCUGCCCAUGACCUCCGACCUGUACAAAGGUCAGACAGCUUUGCACAUCGCCGUCAUGCGCCAGAACGUGGCGAUUGCUCAGGAACUGAUUAACAGUAAAGCCGAUGUGUGUGCGGCGCAGGCGGUGGGCACCUUCUUCCAACUGAAACCCAAUUCCUUCUAUUAUGGGGAGCACGUUCUUUCCUUUGCUGCAUGUGUGGGUAAUGCAGAGCUGGUGCGGCUGUUGCUGCAGCAUGGAGCCGAUGCCCAGGCCAAAGAUUCCCAUGGAAAUACCAUCCUCCAUAUCCUGACACUACAGCCAAACAAGAUGUCUGCCUGUCAGAUGUAUGAUUUUAUCGUAAGCUUCCACAAGGAGAAGUAUGGUCCAGGACUAGAGGACAUACACAAUAUUGAAGGCCUUACUCCUUUAAAAAUGGCAGCUGUGGAAGGUAACACUGUGAUGUUCCAGCACUUGGUACAAAAGAGAAGACAACUACAGUGGACAUUCGGUCCCAUUAGCUGCUAUCUCUAUGACAUUACUGAGAUAGACACAUGGGAAGAUCCUCAGUCUGUUCUGGAUUUGGUGGUUUCUGGAAAGAAAAGAGAGGCACGGCGGAUAUUGGACCUAUCUCCAGUCAAGGAGCUGGUCAACAGAAAGUGGCAGAGGUUUGGCCGGCCAUAUUUUUGGACCUUGACUGCUCUCUACAUCAUAUACAUGACCAUUGUGUCUCUAAGCUGCGCGAACCGACCUCUCAAACCAAGGCCAGACAACAGGACUGAUCCCAGGGAUAUCAAAAUUAUGGUGCAGAAGCCUCUAAAUGAAGCGUAUGUCACGUCGGAAGAUUACCUACGUCUGGCGGGAGAAAUCAUUAGUGUCAUAGGAGCCAUUAUAAUACUAUUAUUAAAGAUCCCGGACCUGUUUCAGAUACGUGAAGCAAGAUUUCUGACCCAAGCAGUACAAGGAGGACCAUUCACACUUAUUAUCACCUGCUUCCCAUGUCUGGUCCUGGUGUUACUAAUCCUAAGACUAACUGGCACCGAUGGAGAGGUCAUCCCCAUGUCUAUCCUGCUAGUACUGGGAUGGUGUUACGUCAUGUAUUUUGCACGUGGAUUUGAGAUGCUUGGACCUUUCACCAUUAUGAUUCAAAAGAUGAUUUUUGGGGACCUUCUGAGGUUCUGCUGGCUGAUGGCUGUGGUCAUCUUUGGAUUUGCUACCUCUUUUUACAUCAUAUUCCAGACCGUGGACCCCAACCAGUUUGGCUACUUCUACGGCUACCCUAUGGCUCUGUUCACCACCUAUGAACUUUUCCUUAAUGUCAUCAACGCUCCAACAAACUACGAUGUUGAUCUCCCUGAUAUAUUCCAAAUCGUGUACUUUGCCUUCACCAUUCUUGCCAAUCUUCUCAUGUUAAACCUCUUGAUAGCCAUGAUGGGGGAUACUCACUGGAGAGUGGCACAGGACAGAGAUGAGCUGUGGAGAGCUCAGGUUGCUGCUACCACUGUUAUGUUAGAGAGGAAGCUCCCACAAUGUCUCUGGCCUCGAACCGGAGUGUGUGGCACAGAGUAUGGCUUAGUGGACCAUUGGUACCUACGAGUGGUAGUGAGGAAGGACCUCAGUCAGCAGAAGAUCCGCCGUUAUGUUGAAGCUUUCCAGGGACCUGAAGGAGACCACCUUGAUAAGAACUCUCACGAUGUCCUUAAAUCAGACAAAACUGUUUCUUCAACCGGGAUACUCAAUCUUCCCAUUGUGACGGUCACAGAGGUGGAAGCACAAGAGUCGCCAAGAACUGGUCAAUCUAGGCCAUUAGAUGAGGACACAACCUCCAUACACAAUACACACAAGACCCAUCUUAUACUACCACAAGUAUAUGUAGAGCCACAAAGGUCAGACUUGCAACAUGCAAAUGCUGCAGCAUCAUCAAUAGUACAAAAAGGUAGCGGUCGUGGGUGGCAGAUAUUGAGAUCAGUUACUAUACAAAAACUACAAGUACCACAAGAAGCCAGUAGUGAUGCUGAGGAAGAAAUACACCAUGUCUGA